AGGAAAUGACUGAGAAAGAAGUUGAGAUUCCUUGCGGACAAGCGGUAAUGGGAUAUUUUGUUCCAAAUAUCAUGGCACCAUACGUCACAGAACUUAUGGAGUUGGCAUUUCGUGAUGUUCCCGGCAUCACAGUUGCGGCUGGAAUUUUGGGAGCAUCACAAGACGCCGUUAAUGGAACUCCACUUUCUCAAGCUGUACCGGAACCAGACUCUACCCAACCAGAAGUGGUUUCUUCCACUCAACCGGAUCCAUCAGCUCAGCUCACUGGAUCGAGAAAAAGAAAGUCGUCAUCUCCAAAAAAGUGGGAUGAACUGCACAAAAAGAGUAACCAUGGAAACGAGACCAAGGAAAGCUCUCCGGAAACUGACAAACAUUGCUGCAUGUUUCAAAUGGCUCAUCAACUAGCUCAGAAGUACGGUGUGCCAACACCCUACCCAAAUGGAACGGCGUCUGCUCCAAGACUGAUGAUCCAGUACCCCGGAUUGCCAUACAUGGUUCCAGUUAACCAGGAGUUCAACAAUAUUGGAAUUCCUAGGGAAUGUGUCAAGCUCUGUGGAAACACUGAGUUCUGGCCAUACCUUAAAUAAUUGGAACAUUCAAGCUUCGAAAGAUUAUCGACUACUUAAUUAUUCAGUAAAAAAAACAAUUUUAAGUUUGAGGAAUACUAUUUUAAUUUUGUGCUCUAUUUUUUAUUUCCAAAUUAUAUUAUUCUUCAAUCUUCUAGUUUUUAAUUUUCCGGACUGUUUUCCUGUGUCAUUAUAUAUUUUGUCAAAAACUUCUCCUCCCCUGAUCUUUGUUUUUCCAAAUUCUAGUCAAUAAUCUCUAUCUGAAAAUAAUUGAAAAUCAAAAAAAAAAUUAAAAAAUUAUAAAAAUCGCCAAAAAAAAAAAUCGAAAAAUCAAUAUUUAUUUAUUUUACAUUUUAUGCAACCAUUUAUUUACAACACUGUCAAAAAACUUUUAAAAAUGUAUUACCAAAAAUAUCAAAAGGUUUCAUCAAUUUUCUUCUCUUAACACGUCUUGAAAUAGUGGAUAAUCGUAAAUAUUCUUUGCCUACAAUCAUUCGCUAUUUGACAGUUUUUAGCAGUUUCACGUAAUAUUUUUUAUAGAAACAAUUUUCAUGCAAAAAAAGAAACUGAAAGUUAUUUCAUCGGCACUUUUAGGUGAAAUCACUUUUUGGUAAACUCGUUCUUGAAAUCUUUUUUUUUUAAAUGCAUUAUUAGACAACCUGUCCUGUCCUAAGUUUUAAACUGUCCAUCACUGUGCAAAAUUCAAAACGUUUAAAACACAUUCAACCAGACCAGAUUGAUUGAUUUCUUCUAAAAUCUUUACUUUGACAAACACUAAUUCUCAAUUCUCACCGUCUUAUGUGAUAUAUUUUUAUUUCCAUGUCCACUCUUCCAACGCAUCCCCAUUCUUGCAGAUAAUUAUGUAAAUAUUACCACCCACUUUACAUCUGUUAACGUAUUCAAAUUUUUAUUUGAAUAAAGUCUAUGCCAGGGGAGCUA